AUGCUUUUUACUGCUCUUACCAAUUUAAACAAAGUAUCUUUCCAAACCAAGGAAAUGUCAAAUGGAACAUUUAAUCAAAUGAAUUCCCAAUCUUCACAAUCAAUUAACAGAAUUUCUGCUGGAAAGAAUGAUAUUUUUGGCGCUCCAAAGAGUACCAGAUCAUUUAAUUAA